CUAUAUAUAUAAAAAUAUAUAUUCUUUUUCAUUAGCCAAAAAUGAUGCACAAUACAUAUUACAAAGUAAACUUGGCACACUAUAUAUAUAAUAUGUACAAGCACAAAUUAGACCACGUACACCUGAAUAUGUAUCUGGAAACUUAUUAGGAGAAUUCUUACACAAAGCAUAGAGAGAUAUAUCACUAUCAUCAAUAGCCAUACAUUUUCUCCAUCUCCAUCACUCAAACAACAUAUAUAUAUAACAAUAUAUACAAUAAUGGCAAAUAGCAGAACUUAUUUGUUUGUUAUGAAGAUGGUUAUUAUUUUGAGUUUCCUUUUCAUGAGGUUGGAGGCAGCAAGAAAUAACAUUGCUAUUAAUAAUGAUCACCACCACCACCGUGGAGAUGUAGAGGUACUGGAGAUGAAGAUGAUGAUGAUGAGAUCCUCAUCAUCAUCUUCAGACCUACGCAGUGAACAGAUGUUGCGGAAGUUGGGGUUCGACGUUUCGAAACUUGUAGCAGCGGGGAAAAGAAGAUCGGUAAUGGUGGAUAGGGUGGCACCGGGAGGACCUGAUCCUCAGCACCAUGCUUAAUUAAUUUAUACGUGUAUGAUUUUGAAUAUUAUAUAUUACUAUAUAUACUUAUAUUGCUACUACCCCUUCUUCAUUCUAUCAUAUUCAGCUCCAUAUCACUUAUUGAUUAUCAUGUGAGGAUAUAUAUAGUGUAGUACUACUAGUACUAGUGCUGUCUUAUAUUUGCAAUAUGGGAUUUUAAAGCACGUUUUGAGUAGCAAUGCAUGGCUAUUACUGUUUAAUGCUACAAAUUAAAUAAAUUGUUUUUUAUGAACUGUCUCUUUUCAUUUUGUUAUAUAUCAUCGAGGUGAGUUUCGUGUGUUCUCUUUUCACUUUUUUUCUUUUUGAGAGAGAAUUGAUGUUUCACUUUUUGUUUUGUUUGUUCUAUGAAUGAUUUUACGUACGUGUGAUAAGAGUGAUUAUAUAAGUCUGUCUGCAUAUAGUCGCGUCUUAUUCUUUCAAUAUUAAUGCAUGGAUUUGAUUAAAAGUAUAACGAGGUCGGUAUAUUUCGUAUACGUUUCGAUCUGUUUUAUUUGAUAGAGAAAAAUGGCUAUAAAGAUUAAAACUCUGCUAAUAAUAAACUCUAGUGAAUACAUAAGUGAAGCUGACAAAUAUUGAUAACUUAACUUAUUUAUUAUGUUUAGUUCAAAUCCCAACAAAAAAAAAACUUUUACCUACCAUAUUAUUUUAAAACAAAAAAAAAAAAUCAAAAUUACACCUCCUCAAGUUUAU